CCCCACCGGCCUCCUCACCGCAGUUGCAAGUCGACAACCGCUGGGGGAGCCCUCAGAGCGAUGCCGCCUCGCGUCGUCGUCGUCGUCCUCUUCGUCUCUUUAGCAAUCACCGACUGCCCAGAGCUUUAGGCGAAGAUUUACGUUGUCGCGUGUCUUCGUGUGGUCCCUGAGAACCACACCAGUCGCACGCUGGCGAUGGACAUGACAUCCCCGCCAAGGUUCUUUCACAUGCCAAAGUUUCAACACCAGGGCCCCAAACAUGUCUUCUACAAGCGCUCCGACUUUGGCCAAAUGGAUGGCAUGCAGCAAGUCACCUUCGAUGGGAAGCGCAUGCGGAAAUCUGUUAACCGUAAAACCAUCGACUACAACCCUUCCGUAGUCAAAUACCUGGAGAACCGAGUAUGGCAGAGAGACCACAGAGAUCUCCGUGCCAUUCAGCCCGACCCGUCCUACUAUGGUGAUUUACUACCGCCAAUGGGAAUGAUGCACAAACCCAUAAAUGCAGUAACCACCAAGUUUGUCAGGACAUCUACAAACAAAGUGAAAUGUCCUGUCUUUGUCGUAAGGUGGACACCUGAAGGUCGACGUCUUGUAACUGGAGCCUCCAGUGGGGAGUUUACACUGUGGAACGGUCUUGCUUUCAACUUCGAGACAAUUCUACAAGCCCAUGACAGCUCAGUCCGCGCGAUGACGUGGUCGCACAAUGACAUGUGGAUGCUGACGGCCGACCAUGGUGGAUUUGUCAAGUACUGGCAGUCGAACAUGAACAACGUGAAGAUGUUCCAGGCGCACAAGGAGCCCAUCCGCGAAGCCAGCUUUGCUCCAACGGACAACAAGUUUGCCACCUGCUCAGACGACGGAACAGUGCGAGUGUGGGACUUCAUGCGAUGUCACGAGGAGAGGAUCCUGAGAGGACAUGGAGCAGACGUGAAGUGCGUGGACUGGCACCCCACCAAGGGACUGCUCGUGUCUGGCAGCAAGGACAGCCAGCAGCCCAUCAAGUUCUGGGACCCCAAGUCUGGACACAGCCUGGCCACACUGCAUGCGCACAAGAACACUGUGAUGGAGGUGAAGUGGAACCAGAACGGGAACUGGCUGCUCACGGCAUCACGUGACCACCUCUGCAAGCUCUUCGACAUCCGCAACCUGAAGGAGGAAGUGCAGAUCUUCCGAGGACACAAGAAGGAGGCCACAGCCGUGGCUUGGCAUCCAAUACAUGAGGGUUUCUUCGCAAGUGGAGGAUCAGAUGGAUCAUUAUUGUUCUGGCAUGUCGGGGUGGAGAAGGAAGUCGGUGGCACAGACGUGGCACAUGAAGGCAUGAUCUGGAGCUUGGCCUGGCACCCGCUGGGACACAUCCUCUGUUCGGGGUCCAAUGACCACACCAGUAAAUUUUGGACGAGGAACAGGCCAGGAGACAAGAUGAGAGACCGAUACAACCUCAACCUCCUACCAGGAAACAUGUCAGAUGAUAUGAUUGCAGAAUACGAUGACAAUGAGCCACUCAGUGCUCCCAACAUCCCAGGCAUGGGCAUCGCUGAGCAGCUCAAGCAAGUGCUGGAACAAGAGCAGAAAGAGAAGGUAGUGGAGGCUGAGCCGGAAGUGGCGAUCCCAGGCUUGGACUGGGGUGUGGAGGAGCUCAUUAAAGAACAGAAGAAACUCCCCACAAAGAAGAUCCCUUACUCCAAACCCAUCCCCGCGCAGUUCCAGCAGGCUUGGCAGCAGAACAAACUUCCUAUGCUCCCUGUGGGUGGCAAUGUGAAAGUUCAGCCUCCUGAAGAUAAGAAAGACAAGAUGAAGUCACAGGCGGAGAUUCGUCAAGAGCUGACGGCGCUGCAAUACACAAACCCUGCUCUAUACGAGCAACUGAAGUCUGACCGUAUUACUCAGAAACUCAUGGAACAAGUUCAAAACCAACAGCAGAAUCAAGGACCUGUACAAAUGCAGCCCCCGCUGGGCAUGAUGCAGAAAAAUAUGCACCCUCAGGGCUUUUCCCAGGGACCCAUGCCUGGCCUACAGCAGCACUUCCCUCCCAACAUGCCCCCAGGCAUGAUGUCUGGUGGGCCCAUGGGCCAGUUCAGACCGCAAGGGCCUCCUGGGCUCAAUAUGCAGCAAGGCCCCGGCCCUGGACCGAACUGGCCUCACGGUAUGCCCGGCCACAUGGGUAAUAUGCAGGGACAAAUGGGUCUGUCUGGACCACUUGGACCCGGUGGCCCGCAAGGUCCCCGUGGGCCUCAGCAAGGGCUUGGCGGUUCAGGAAUGGGGCAGACACCCCCAUCGGGUGGCAUGCAAGGCGGUGGACCACCAUCUUCACUGCACAUGCAAGGGCAGCAACUGAGGCCUCAAGGAGGACCCCCCAAUAGGCCACCGUCCCAAGGCGGCCCUUCAAACAUGGCACAGCCCAUCUCAAUGCAGGGACCAAUGCCCUCGCCCAUGCCGGGCCGGGGACCCAUGCAGGGCCAGGGCCCCAUGCAGGGCCAGGGACCCAUGCAGGGCCAGGGCCCCAUGCAUGGCCAGGGCCCAAUGCAUGGCCAGGGCCCCAUGCAGGGGCAGGGCCAGGGCUCAAUGCAGGGGCAGGGCCAGGGCCCCAUGCAGGGCCAGGGCCCCAUGCAGGGCCAGGGCUCCAUGCAGGGCCCCGGCCCCAUGCAGGGCCAGGGCCCCGGCCCCAUGCAGGGCCAGGGCCCCGGCCCCAUGCAGGGCCAGGGCCCCGGCCCCAUGCAGGGCCAGGGCUCUGGUCCCAUGCAGGGCCAGGGUCCCGGCCCCAUGCAGGGCCAGGGACCCGGCCCCAUGCAGGGCCAGGGACCCAUGCAGGGCCAGGGACCUAUGAAGGGCCAGGGACCCAUGCAGGGCCAGGGCCCCAUGCAGGGCCAGGGCCCCAUGAAGGGCCAGGGACCUAUGAAGGGCCAGGGACCCAUGCAGGGCCAGGGACCCAUGCAGGGCCAGGGCCCCAUGAAGGGCCAGGGACCCAUGCAGGGUCAGGGACCAGUACAGGCCCAGGGACCCAUGCAGGGACCACAGCAGGGCCCCCAGCAUUUUGGACCCCAGUCCGGCGGAUUUCAAGGACCGCCACUCUCCCCACGCAGCUCUCUGCAAUCCGGGUCCUCGGAAUUUAUCGGAACUCCUCGUGAAGGUCCGCAGCAAAAUGCCAGCGACGGACCCAGGGGGGGGCAGCUCUUUGAGCCGCCUGACAGCCAAGGAGGCCCAAAUCAGGGGCCCAAUUCAUCGCCGUUCAGUGGCCACCAAGGCCCCAGUGGACCUGGGGGACUGUCGCCUGCGAGCCUACAGCAGCACGGACCCCCGCAAGGACAGGGGCAGGCACAUCAACGUGGACCCCCGCUGAGGCAGGGGCUCUUAGGAGAUGCCCCUCCAGGGCACUCGCAGGGAUCAUCAGGACCAGCGAGGAUUCCGACACCAAACAGGAGCACAGCGGGUUCAGUCCGAGGUGAAGGCAGACCUAUGCUGCAUCAGGAGGAAUUUGGUGGGGAUCCUGUGAAGGAAGAACCGCGAGAUUUCCAGGCCCCCUUGGAACGCGGGGGAUCCCUUGCCGAUCAGGAUGAGUUUGACAACCCCGAAUUUCGUGGGCCACCUGGCCCUGAUGACCACGGCCGGCAAAGGCACUUUGAAGAAUACGGCAUGGAAUUUGGACCAGGAAAACGAGAAUUCGAGGGAAGAAGAGAUGAGGGCUGGAAUCGUGGCCCGACAGAGGAAAACUGGCAGCAACGGCCUGGAAAUUCGGAUGAGCCCUGGAGGAGGCCACCGCCUGGUGAUGAGUUUGCACCAUUCGAGGAUGGCAGCAGGAGGAGAAGGGACGGGGCUCGUGGUGGCAUGCUCGACCGACGGCGCCCUUCGGCCGACAGGGACCUGGACGACGGUCGCUUUGGCAGGCGGAGAGAAGACAGGUUUGACCCUAAGUUCCCGGGCGAUGGGUACCCGCAGCAGUUUGAGGGCGAUCGCCCUAGAGAUUUCGAACCCCGGGGCCGACGAGGCCGGGACGGAGAGCCCCUCCCGAUGGAUCAGUUUGACGAUGGCUUCCGGCGCGGAGGACGGGACAGAGAUGACGAUUUUCCGCGUCAGUAUGAGGACGACCAGCGAGGACUUGGGCACGGUCGCCUGCUGCCCAGAGGCGAGGAGCGGCGAGGCGAUUAUCCCGCACCCCCCGACAGCCCCUCGGGCGUCUCUCGCGAACGGCCACCCUCGCUGCUCGCGAUGGACACGGCAUCUCUGCCGCUGCGCAAGCGACCGUGGCACGAGGGACCCGGAGGGCUCCCCGGGGAGCGGAGGGAUGGAGAAUCUGGCCUAUCGCCCCUGGACGACCGCCCAAUCAGAGGCGGUGGCGGUCCCGGGCGCAUGGAUGCCCGCGACGACCCGUACCGCGGUGAGGACGAGGGCCCCCCUUCCUUCAUGGGCCCCCUCAACAGUGGGGCCGGCGGCAUGGCGUCGCUCCAGAGGACCCCCAUGCAGAGAGGAGGCAACGCGGACUGGGCGCACAGGCGUGGAGGAGCCCUCCGGGGGGCCGGCCGAGAGGGGAUGACAAGGGGCGGUAGAGAGGGCAUGCCGAGGGAGGGCAUGCCGAGGGAGGGCAUGCCGAGGGGGGGUGGCGGGCGAGAUGGCAUGCCCAGGGGAGGCGGCCGAGACAUUGGGCCCCGAGGGGGCGGCCGAGACGGUGGCCCAAGAGGGGGUGGCGUUGGCCGGGAUGGCGGCGGUCCGAGAGGGGGCAGUCGAGACUGCAUGGCGAGGGGCGGUGGACGAGAUAGUGGUCCAAGAGGCGGUGCUCGAGAUGGAGUGCCUGGGCGGGGAGGAAGGGGCCGCUGAUGGACAGAAGUCGGAGGACGCCCGUUUCUGUUGAUAUAUUUUUUUGCUUUUCCAAAAACUUUUGCUGUGUCCCUCGGGAUAUUGCUGAGUUACUGGCUGAGCCAGCAAGAUUAUUUAUGCUCAAAAAGUUCGUCCGUCACUUCUGCAAAACAUGGGAGGCAUGUGAAGGUGUGUGCAUACUUGCACACAUUCAUAUUUGUGGUGAGUGCGUUUGCAAUGGAUAAUACUCAUUUUCUACGAUUCAGCCAACGAUAGUAAAACACAAUAAUUGCAUUGAUUGGAUAUUUGCGAUGGUUUUGGGGCAGGGAAAAAAUAAAUUUUUACGAGUGAUACCAGCAUCAAGAAACUUCUAUUUUAAAUGUAGAUAAUCCGCUUUCAAUUUUUUUUUGCCAAUUAUAGCAUAUACUAGUGGAAGAGUGCUGAGAUGUUUCAGUUUGCGUUUUUUUUAUUUUGUUAAUCAGGCCUGUAAGUAAAGUAAUUGACCUAAAGCAUAUUGCCUACAUGCUACACAUGAAUACAAGUAACUAUCUAAAAGUGUUCAUCUUAGCAUGAUGCAAUCCUCUGGUGUCAAAUAUUGGAAUCUCAUUGUUUGAAAACGUAAAUCAGCAAGUCUGGUCCCAAAUCUGGUCUAACAUUGUGUAGAAUAGUUAUCCAAAUGAAGAAAAAAAACCCAUGCAAGUCUACACAAGUAUUACCUGUACCCAUUUCCUGGCACCCCUGUCUCUGUUCACAUGACAACUGGAUAAAUAGGUUUCAUCUCCUGUUUAUGUGUUCGUAUUUUGGUAGCUUCAACUAAAAGGACCAAACUGGGCUUGUGGUGUUUUCCAAACAAUGUUGAGUGAGUGAACGUGAGCAAUCCGGGAAGCUUACCCUACCGUUCGCUGUUCUCGGAAUGAAUGUCUGCUGCAUUACUUCGUGACGUUAAUACUAGCGCCAUUAAAACAUAAGUAAAUAAUUCAAUAAGUUCAGAAAAUAAAAUAUAUUUUUUAGUUUAUUGUUUCUUUUUUGUCAAAAGUUAUGGGGCUUUGGCACCGGACUUGUUGAAUUACACCACAGUGGGGAAAAUGUGUGUAUUAAAUCGACAGGCUUUAUCUCAAUUAAAAUGUCUGUUUAUCAAGUCGUACUUAUUAAACAGCUGGUUGGUAAAUGUCAGAAUUUUUCUGUUUGCCUUUCUACCCUGAAAUGCUUCAGUGCUUGUAUUCACACAAGCUGUGAACCUUUGUAUAUUUGUCUACAAUUCUGUUUCUUGAUGUUUUGUAAAAUUACUGAUAGCCUCUUGCUGUAUGUUUUGUGGUAGUCUGCGUGUAUAAAGCUUGCACACAUGGUUUCUUUAGCAUUAUCUGAGAGAAAUAUUUUGCUAUGUAAAGUUAUGCAUCUCUCACCGUGAUGCACACUUGUCCUGAAUAAUAAUGAGAUAAUAAACAGAGAUGCACACUUUA